GGCUAAGACCUAGGGGGGGUAAAGAAAUUACAUCAGUGUCGCAGCAGGAGCAUUCGGCGCUUGUCCCCCCUCCCCCGCCGAACCUCCUUGUACGCCGCUUUGGCUCGGACUGCCAACUUUCUUACCUCCUAAAAACCACAAUUCGAGGUAGCCUAAUCUAGGCAAUACAUCUUUGAAAGAGCCUCGGGAGGUUCUCAUCAUCAUUUUGUCCAAAUACGCCUAAGUUUCGAACGCGAGCCUCUUAACCCAGUACCCGCGACCGCAUAUAUCUAGUAGACGAGCGCUACUAAAAGGCUGACACUCAAAAACAUCGCUAUUUACUGCUAGGUCUUGAAGCCUAACGAACCAUUCUCACCCGCUCUUAAACCAAACCCUAUUGGCCAUGAACGUUAUAAAGCUUCAGAGGAAAUAUCCUCAAUUUGAACAAGGCGACAUAUUCGCCUUAACGGAUGCCUUCCGGAAACUCGACGUCGACGACAAAGGCUACAUCGAUGAAGCCACCGCUAUCAAGGCUACCCAGCAGGCCGAGAGACAGCCGUAUGAUGUCGUUAGACAGGCUCUGAAAGAAGUUGAACUUGACUCUUCCAGAAGGGUUGAACUCGAAGAUUACGUUGGUUUAAUCGCCAAAUUGCGUGAAUCGUCUCCUGCUCAACGGCGCAUGAACACCGGUGGCCCUGCGCCGUCUGCCCCUGCUGGCCUCGUAUCUCAAAGGACCGGCGGGCACUCCUCCAAGGGAAGUGUUGGCAAGAUCCAUGUCCAAGGCUCUAGCGCCAACGUUACCCACACAAUUAAUGAAGAUGAACGAACCGAGUUCACCCGUCACAUCAAUGCGGUCCUCGCCGGCGAUCCUGACAUAGGGAACCGAUUACCCUUUCCGACCGAUACCUUCGAGAUGUUCGAUGAGUGUAAAGACGGUCUCGUCCUUGCCAAACUCAUCAAUGAUAGCGUUCCAGACACGAUUGACGAGCGUGUACUAAACGUCCCUGGCAGAAAAAUCAAGAAGUUGAAUGCUUUCCACAUGACAGAGAACAACAACAUUGUCAUCGAGUCCGCAAAGGGUAUCGGAUGCUCCGUCGUCAAUAUUGGCAGCGGUGAUAUCAUUGAAGUCCGGGAGCAUUUAAUUCUAGGUUUAAUUUGGCAGAUUAUUCGCAGAGGUCUUUUGGGUAAAAUUGAUAUCAAACUUCACCCCGAGCUCUACAGAUUGCUCGAGGAAGAUGAGACGCUAGAACAGUUUUUGCGAUUGCCUCCAGAGCAGAUCCUUCUGAGAUGGUUCAAUUAUCACCUCAAAGCGGCCGGUUGGCAGCGCCGGGUUGCCAACUUUUCAAGCGAUGUGAAGGAUGGAGAGAACUAUGCGGUUCUACUAGCACAGAUUGGGCGGGACUACGGCUGCAGCAGAGCUCCCCUUCAAACGCGCGAUUUAUUGCAACGAGCGGAGGAGGUGCUGGUUGAUGCCGACAAGCUUGGUUGUCGAAAGUUCCUAACGCCGACCUCGCUUGUAGCCGGAAACCCUAAGCUUAACCUGGCCUUUGUUGCCAAUUUGUUCAACACACACCCCGCUCUGGAUCCAAUUACAGAGGAAGAAAAGCAGCAGGUGGACGACUUCGAUGCUGAAGGUGAACGAGAAGCCAGGGUGUUUACUCUGUGGUUGAACAGUCUUGACGUACAGCCUGCUGUUGUUUCCUUCUUUGAUGAUCUCUGCGACGGCACAAUUUUGAUGCAGGCUUACGACAAGGUCAUCAAGGGAUCAGUGAACUGGAGGCACGUAAAUAAAAGACCAGCCAGUGGUGCUGAAUUGAUGAGGUUUAAGGCUGUUGAGAACACGAACUACGCCGUUGAGCUUGGUAAGCAGAAUGGAUUCUCACUGGUUGGAAUCCAAGGCGCAGAUAUUACCGACGGUAACAAGCUACUUACUCUGGGCCUCGUCUGGCAAUUGAUGCGAAAGGACAUAACCCUAACACUGUCGGCUCUGGCACAACGCCUUGGCAAACGAGAGAUUACCGACGCCGAGAUGGUAAGAUGGGCGAACGAAAUGUCUCGAAAAGGUGGUAGAAAUUCAUCGGUUCGGUCGUUCAAGGAUCCAGCUAUCGGCAGCGGUAUCUUUUUCCUGGACGUGCUGAACGGCAUGAAGAGCAGUUACGUCGACUACGACCUUGUUACCCCUGGACGAACCGACGAGGAAGCGUAUCUCAAUGCCAAACUUAGCAUCAGCAUUGCCAGAAAGCUGGGUGCAACGAUUUGGCUGGUUCCCGAGGAUAUUUGCCAAGUUCGAAGCAGACUAGUUACCACAUUCAUCGGCUCGUUAAUGGCGACUUAUGAAAAGAUGCAGUAGAUGACUAAUUCUCCUCUUCUUUCCAAUUUCCUUUACAACACAAUGCGACGCGACGAAGAGCAAAGGGCCAAGGUUACUGGAAAAGUUAGGAGAUCUGAUGAUGAUACGUUUGAGCUCAUUGCGUUGCUUGUUUGCCCUGUUGGAAUUCUCAAUGCAGAUUUUCUCUUGGGCACCCCUUAUAGAUAAGAAAUAAAAAAGAAAGUAUCAGGAUGAGUGAAUUAUUAAUAUAUUCCACAUCGCUGGACUUACGAUGAAUACAUCGAAAUGGAUGAUAUUUGGGUCUACCCACAUAGGUGCCGAGGCAGCGGGCAGGUACCCAAUCCGCCUAUAAAGUGUGGGGAGUACAUAUGCAGUAGUGCCUUAUUGUACCUACCGCACCAAAGUAAGAAAGAAAUGUUAUAAGGGAUUCAUAGGGAUUAAUUGUUGGUACGGCGCAUGCAAUGUAACAGGACCCCACUAUUGUUUUGCCGCGAAGAGGGCAGGGCUUACCACUUGGGCAGUUAAAUGGCAGUUAGAUGGUAAGAUUACAAUCAUAUUACGUCUAACAUUCGA